GAUGAUGCGACAAAGACAAAUCGGAUUAGGUACAACCUUGUUGAUUAGCAUGUUUUAUAUUAGAUACCUGCCACUAGCAUAUUUAAUCUUGUUGAUUGAGACCUGCUAGUUAUUAGAGACAACCAAUUGGUGGGAAGUUAGGUACAGAAGAUUCCCUGACUUUGAUUGGAAAUUCUGGAUUGAAAAUGUUAUACAUUUUUUUUUUGUAUGGGCCCCUCUCUUUUGUGGGAAAAAUAUUUCUUUUUUGUGGAUUUCUGGUCACAUGGUUCACUUAAAUAUCAUAAACCACACCGUGUGGAAAUUACUCCAGUUAUGAUCUCAGGAUUAUUACAAAGGGAAACAGGGGAAGCUCCAGGCAAUCUGUCCAUUGAGUCGGUCUUUGGUAUAAACCAGGCAAUCUGUCCAUUGAGUCAGUCUUUGGUAUAAAUGGUGGUCUCUCGCCAGCAAACUUUUGAGAUAACCAUAAGAAAUUCCACGCGUCACUACUUCUGAAUAAGACCAAAAUAUGGGAUAGCAUAUCGUAGACCAUAUCAGCUACUCUCGCUGGUUAUUCCAUUGUUGUUCCCAUUCGCUAGCUAGCUGUUUCCUCCCUUGUCCAACCAAUAUGGCUGCUGAGCUUGGGCAUCUCGCCCGAGGAGCUGCAGCAAUCCUUUGCCUGCUGAUUUUCCAUGUAGCACCAUCUGAUUCCCAUGCCCAAGUGAGGAUAUCAGGCGGGAAUGGAACCUGCAUCAGCAGGGAGCGGGAGGCUCUUAUGUCCUUCAAGGCAAGCCUUUUGGACCCUGCUGGCCGUCUCUUGUCAUGGCAAGGCGAAGAUUGUUGUCAAUGGGAGGGAGUCUGGUGCAGCAGCAGAACAAGCCAUGUCAUAAAGCUUGACCUCCGCAACACCUACAUGCCUGACUACGAUGACCUUACGGUUCGCUACAUCAUGGACAACAGCCUCAGCUUGUCGAGAGAUGAGAUGAGCUCCUCUUUAGCAGCUUUGCGACAUCUGAGGUAUCUUGAUCUAAGUGGGAAUGACUUCAACGGUGCUAGCAUACCUGUGUUCGUGGGCUCUAUGGAGAACCUAAGAUAUCUCAACCUCUCUUCAUCACAGUUCAAUGGGAGAGUACCUUUCCAACUCGGUAAUCUCUCAAAAUUGCAAUGUCUUGAUAUUAGUAGCAAGAAUUAUUGCCAUAAACUGCACGCGGCGGAUCUUGCAUGGUUGGACAGCCUCCAAUUGUUGCGUAAACUUGACAUGAGUGGUGUGGACCUCAGUCCUGUGCAGGAUUGGGUUUACAUGGUUGACAUGCUUUCUUCUCUGAGAGUGCUUCGCUUGGUAGAUUGUGGCCUUACUAGCACAUUGUCUGGUGCAUCAAAAUCAAACCUCACACAUCUCGAAAUCCUUGAUCUGUCAUCCAACCUGUUUAAAACAUCACUAGAGAACAACUGGUUUUGGAAUCUCACAAACCUUAAGGAGCUUCACCUCUCCCGGUGUGAGAUGCAUGGACCUAUUCCUGAAGAACUGGGAAACAUGACGUCCCUUCAAGUCAUAGAUUUAAGUAAAAAUGAUCUAGUGGGUUUGAUACCAAGCAACUUAGAGAAAAUGUGCAAUUUGAAAGUGUUGAUUUUCGAUGAUAACAACAUUAGUGUGAGCAUAGGGGAGUUCAUAAAUCGAUUGCCAAGGUGCUCAUGGAGUACAAUACAUGUAUUGUCAAUGGAUAGGAUGAAUAUGACCGGGAAAUUACCAAUCUUGGUUGGGAACAUGACAGGUCUCAGUGUUUUUAAAGCCAGUCGAAACAAGAUAGUUGGUACUGUACCACUAGGAUAUGGAGCACUUGGUAACUUGACAGUGUUGGAUCUCAGCAACAAUGAACUCAACGGUGUGCUUAAGAAGGAGCAUUUCUCAGGUUUACUACAUUUAGAGUCUCUGGACAUUUCGCAUAACUCCUUGAAAAUGGAUAUUGAACCAAAUUGGGCUCCUCCUUUUAGACUGAAGGACAUAAACUUAGAUUCAUGCUUGGUGGGCCCUCAUUUUCCAGUCUGGCUUAGAUGGCAGACCGACAUGUAUACUCUUUCUAUCAGAAAUGCAAAUUUGGAUGAUGUUAUUCCUGAUUGGUUCUGGGUGACAUUUUCCAGAGCUUUAAUCUUGGAUGUAUCUGUAAACAUGUUGCAUGGUUCAUUGCCGGCAAAUCUACAACACAUGUCAGCCACCAGUAUAUCUCUCUGGUCCAAUAAACUGACAGGUCCGGUUCCAUGGCUCCCUAUAAAUAUAUCCAUCUUUGAUCUGUCUUCAAACUCUUUCUCGGGGUCACUGCCAUCAGAGAUAAAAUCUCCAUGGCUUGAGGUGUUCUUGCUGGCAAAUAAUCAAAUUACAGGCACCAUUCCAUCAUCCAUUUGCCUGUCGACUCGUCUGAGACGGUUGGACAUAUCACGAAACAAUUUAACAGGAGAUGCUUUGCAGUGCUGGAAGGAAUCAGACAACAAUACUUCAGUGUCCAGGGCAAACUCUACAGAUCAAUUUGGUUCUGUCAUGUCUAUUCUAGCCUUGAACAACAAUGAUUUCUCCGGUGAAUUUCCUAAAUUUCUUCAGAGUGCCUCACAAUUGAAGAUCCUUGAUCUUUCUUACAAUAGGUUCUUUGGAACAUUGCCAAAGUGGUUACCAGAAAAAAUGCCCGACUUGGAAAUCUUGAGGUUGAGAUCAAACAUGUUCAAUGACCAUAUUCCUAACAAUCUUACUUUCCUUUUACAUCUUCGUUAUUUGGACAUAGCCCAUAACAAUAUAUCGGGAACCAUACCAUGGUCGCUAUCAAACUUGAAGGCAAUGAGAUACGUAUAUUAUAAUGACGAUUAUGACUAUGCUUUUAAUAGUCCCGUUUUUGAUGAGAGCAUGUCAGUAAUCACAAAAGGGACAACACGUGAUUAUACCUUUGAAAUCUACAAGCUACUGGUGAUUCUUGAUCUGUCAUGUAACAGUUUAACAGGACAUAUUCCGGAGGAGAUAAGUUUUCUCAUCGGGCUUACCAAUUUGAACUUAUCAAGUAAUCAGUUGAUCGGUGAAAUCCCAAGCAAGAUUGGUGAUCUGAAGCAGUUGGAAUCCCUGGACCUGUCCUACAACAAGUUUUCUCAUGAAAUCCCAUCAGGUUUGUCGGCUCUAACCUCUCUGAGCCACCUCAACCUGUCAUACAACAAUUUAUCAGGCGUGAUACCAUCCGGGCCACAGCUGCAGGUUCUCAACAACCUGAACUAUACCUACAUCGGCAACCCCGCUCUCUGUGGCUACCCACUCUCCAAGAACUGCUUUGCUACUUCUACUGAUGCAAAGCAAAGUGUCAACCAUGAAGAUGCAGAUCAUAUCUCAUAUCUCUACCUUGGGAUGGGCAUAGGAUUUGUGGUCGGUCUUUGGGUGGUGUUUUGCACCAUGUUACUGAGGAGAACAUGGGCGAUUGCCUACUUUCAGAUCAUUGACAAGCUGUAUGACGAGGUUUAUGUGCGGGUUGCUAUAGCUUGGGCUCGCUUAAUGAAGAAGACCCAUGACGACGGAGGCGUGAGGUUUAUGUGCGGGUUGCUAUAGCUUGGGCUCGCUUAUAGCUAUAGGUUUAUGUGACGGAGCAUGUGCAGUUGAACUUCUCAAGAACUGUAUGUUAGUACUUUGUAAUUUGGAUAAUAAAUGGCACUUUGGUGUGUGUACUGCUACUACUAUGUAGUACUAGUCCAGGUGCUACCAGCUACUGUGAAGGCACUUUGCUCGGUAAAUUACUUACGAGAUAUCUUAUUCUGUGGAUCGAUUCCACAUUGUAAUCAGUACUGCUCUCUAUUUCUCAAGGACCAUGUUUAAUGUGAUGUA